CUAGCGCCGAGAUAUCAGUUCUGGGGUAGAAAAUAUCUAAGAUAAGCAUUUUCUAUAAAUACGAGGUGUAAGAGCGAGGAUUGCGCUGAUUGGUAUAUGUGACUUGCCCAUGUCUUGGGUUACUGAGGGGUCGGGUCUCAUCAGGCAGAAGAUGUUCUACGAUCCUCAACAUCGCGUGCUCCUCAAGCAACCAGAACACGACCGCUAGUAUGAACCGUGACUAGACAUCUUCCCUCGCACAGACCGAGUCGACAUUGAUUUCACUCGGGAUGGGCUAUGGAUUGUUCGAGGCUGGUCGCAAUGGUCCUGGCCACGCCGAUGAAGGCGUCAGCCGAAACGACAUCCAGGACGAUCCCACGGAAUGGAACACCGAAUGGCCAAGGACUCAGGGACCUCGAGAAGACACCGAUACAGUGCAAGAUAAAGGCCUAGAUGCGCUCGGGAACUCGAGCGAUGUUUGGGAUAAGAUGAAUCCUGAUCAGUCAGACUUCAACCCGGAAACUCAGGUUCGGAUGCUUGAGAUACAUCGUGCACAGAUAGGAGGAUGCGAAUAUACGAUUCGUAAUUUCAACGUCGAUGAUCUCGAAAGCCUUCACUACAAAGCUCUCUCAUAUGCAUGGGGACAGCCAUCCCAUAACCCGCAUACCAUCGAGGUAUCUGGAAACCCCUUCUAUGUCAGCAGGACUCUCUGGAAAUUCUUAUCAGUCUCGGCAAACAAAAACCACCACUUCUAUGGACUAAUAUUUAUCGAUGCCAUUUGCAUCAAUCAGAGCAGAAGCAAAGAGAAAAGUCAACAGGUGAAGCUCAUGGGUAACAUUUAUAGGAAUGCCGACAGUGUUAUUGUAUGGCUAGGAUGCCAGGACUACUUAGAGCACUGGCGUUGCCACGAUUUAGAUGUUGUCUUGACCAAAAGAAAAGGCCCUGAAAACUGGGAAACAAGCGAGCAUUCUCUUUUCCAGGACAUCUGUUCAGAACCCUACUGGACUCGCCUUUGGGUUGUACAAGAAAUCAUGCUAGCCCGGGAAAUCACGAUACAAUACGGCCAUUGGAGCUGGCGAUGGUCAGAUUUCUCUCGAUUAUUCGACUACGACGCAUUCGUCUCCAACCACCCUUUCAACAAUUCGGGAAAGAAAGUAAAGACUAGACACAUUCUUCAUGGGCAACCUGUACUCAACUGGGGCAAAGCUGGGCUCAUCUUUGGGCAUAAGUACGAAUGGGAUCGAGCGAGAAAACCUAUUCCGGUAUGGAGGGCGACGUACGACUUCCGAGAUCAAGGCUGCUCUGACCUAAGGGACAAGAUCUGGGGCCUUUUGGGGAUCUUAGAUGCUCCAGGGAUUUCGCCCGACUAUGGCCGUGUGUCUGUCUCCAGGCUGUUUGAAAAUGUUCUGAAGCUGGGAUUGAAUGAGCUACAUGAAGAGGAAAUCCAUGAGAGUGUUGACGCUUACACGUCUGAAACAGCAUCAUGGAAUUUCAGAGACAACAUUUCUCGGCGACAAAAAUCGUUCAUCUGGAGCCUGAGGAAGAUGUUAAAUAUCGACGAUCGAGUAGCUGAUAUCAUCAUUGAGCGCGUGUGUAAACAUGUCGGGAUAUAAGGCGAGACCGUUGCAGCGGAGGGUACCAUCGUUGCCCUCUCGUCGCUGAAGGGAGCCUUUAACAACCUGGAACGAAUACAAAAAUUUCAUCUUAAGGUAAAUGGCCAUGAGCCGCACUUUGAAUCAUGGUUUGGUUGAGACGUACCGUUUUCUAUUUUGCUUCCAAUUCGAGGUUUUGGUGAAAUUUGUUCGGCUUUAAUAGGCUUUUUGUGUUUCUUCUCAUGGCUGUUGCAUUAAUAACUCUUUCAACGGGUAUUUCGCCCUUCAGAAUUGGGGGAAGUGAUGCUGAUCCAAAUCUGGACUAAUAACACCAAAAGAGGCUAGCAUCCUCUCGGGCUCGGCCUGAGCGCCGUGCGGCAUGACGUGAAA